GUCUCAUCGGUGAUAGCUCUAUCAAUUCCAAUGAGGACCUUGUUGCUAAGAUUUCUGUUGCCAUUGCUGCUGUUCAAGAAAUGCCUGUGUUUUUGCUAAUGCAAUAUAGAACUAAAUAUAAUCGAAGAAGACUAAAAUCAAGAAAGGGCUUUACACUGAAGCAGUUAAUUCGAGCAUUGCAUAUUGAUUCUCCUGUUAAUUCAGUGAUGUGUCUUCUAGGAAAGAAGUAUCCUGAAGAUAUAAAGUCAUUUCAAGCUUCUGGUCUGCCUGGUGCAUGGCUGUCAGAAAUGGCUGGUAAAAGAAUGAAACUGCCCAUUCCUGAAACAUGGGAAACUCAGAUAGCUUCAAGAGGAAAUAUAGCGGCCAUCUGGGAGAGUUUGAUAGAUAAUUCAAAACUACCUUACAUGGCUAUGCUUCGUAACAUAAGGAACCUGAUUUUAUCUGGGAUUUCUCCGAAACACCACGAGAAAGUACUAAAGCAUUUGGAAAAUAAGAAUGCUGUUGUAAACAGUCGUCAGUUACCUAUUCAGUUUUAUGAAGCAUUUAAAACUGUAGUAGAACUUGAAUUAUUAAUCAAGCGGAAUGAAGCAGAAGGUUCACAUCUUGUAUCAAAAUUUGCUCCAAAGUGGAAGAUAAAAUGGAAAACAAAAAUGCUUCAGAGAAUAAAGAAUGCUUCAAGUCACAUUCUUAAUCACUAUAAGAGUUCGAUUAGUAAGGCUUUAGAACUGUCUGCACUUCACAAUUUGCAUCCAGUGCCUGGGAAAACACUAGUUAUCUGUGAUCUCCUGAAUUAUGAAAGUCAUUCUGCUCAGAGUAGGAGCAAGGUGUAUCCUUCCUGCAUUAUGCUCGCUUUAAUGUGCUUGAGAGCAUGUGAAGAUUGUAAAGUGAAAAUUGUUGGUAGCUCAGAAUAUGCAGAAUCUGUAACAUUUAACAAUGACCAGUUUUUAAGUACUAUGAAAAGAGUAUGUGAAAAAUAUGAACAGGAGUAUCGCCAUUCAUCAGUUCUAAAAUCCCAAACAUCUUUGAGUAAGCUAUUUGAACACUAUCUUGAACAGCGAACUGUCUUAAGUGAAAAGCUGGAUCACAUCAUAUAUUUGAGAUGCUGUUCAUUCGAAUACAGUAGUGAAAUAACAUCAUUCCUUCGUAAAUAUCGUGAAAUUGUGAAUCCUGAAUUAUUGUACACAGAUGUUGCUUUUACAUUUAGCUCAAACAGUUUCGAGAAUAUUGAUUUGGGAGAUGGCAAGGAUGUAUAUCUCUGUGGCAACAGUGCUCAGUUGCUCAAAUUUAUAGCUGAGAGAUCUACUGGGGAGCAGCUGUUGUACAUUGAUGGUAUAGAUGAAAAGUACAACCUUACAGACAUUUCCAAAUGUGAAUCAAAGAAGUUAACUGUUGAUAAACAUCUUGAGACAAAUACAGUUAUUCCUCUUCAGCCUAAGAUAAAAAAAUGGCAUACGGUCCGUAUUUUCAUCUCUUCGACAUUUAAAGACAUGCAUGCUGAAAGAGAUAUGCUGAUUCGUUAUGUGAUUCCAGAAUUAAAGAAAAGAGCAUCAUCUAUAUGCGUGAAGAUAAAUGAAGUGGAUUUGAGAUGGGGUAUUACUGAAGCUGACUGUUCUACAAAGCGUGCUACAGAGCUGUGUCUCCUUGAAGCUCAGAAAUGUGACUACUUUAUUGGAAUUCUGGGUGAGAGAUAUGGCACUAUUUUUAAAUUUGAAACUCCAGAUAGUCCAGAAUUAAAAUGGGUGCAGGAUUACCCUUCAGGAUUGUCAGUUACUGAGCUUGAAGUGCAUGCUGGAGCCCUAAGAGAACCUAAAUUAUCAGAAAGAAAAUCAUUUUUCUAUUUCCGUGACAAUUCCACAUUUAUUGGGCAAGUACCAAUGGAGUGGAAACUUCACUUCAUGCCAGAAGAUGAUGAAGCUAAGUUAAAGGUGGGAGACUUAAAAUCAAAAAUAUUAGCAAGUGGACUAAAAGUAUAUAAUGGGUAUCCAGCUCAGUGGGCAGGUGUACAUAAUGACAAGCCUAUUUUAGGUGGGUUGGAUCAGUUUGGGUAUAAAGUCCUUGAAGAUUUAUGGAAUGCUAUUACUCAGAAUUAUAAAGAAGAAACAUAUUCAAAUAUUGUCAAUGAAGAAGAAUUGUAUCAGUCUGAGUUAUUAGAUUCUUGUAACUAUCUCGUGGGGAUGAAGAAUUUGCAAAUGGAUAAUCUUUUGAAAAUGAUCAAGAAAGAAGGUGGAAUAUUUGUUAUAACUGGACCACCAGGAGGUGGAAAAACUGCAUUUGUUGUUAAUAUGCUUCAAAGCCUCAGUUGCUUUAGAGUCAUAAAAUUCUUUAUUGGUGUGUCUCCAAGAUCCACGGAUACAAUGUAUAUGUUACGUUUCAUUAUGAGUUCAAUUACAAUGCAGUUUCCAUCUCUUCUGCCUAAAUCUACAGAGGAUAUAAUAAACCAGUUUCCUGAUGUUCUUAUUGAAGCAGCUAAAUCAUCUGGUGGGAGACCCCUUUUGCUCCUAAUAGAUGGGCUAGACCAUUUAGAACCAGAUGACCAAAUGCUUGACUGGCUGCCAUUUUGUCUUCCAAGUGGAUUUAGAUUUAUUUGCACUACAUCUGAAUCAUCACAUGCCUUCAGAGUUUUAUGUGAGAGGCAGGAAAGUGAGACUGCAGUAAUUUUCCACUGUUUAGAUUUAUUGAAUCAGUCAGAUCGAGCUUCUUUAGUAAGGCAUUAUCUGAAGAAGUAUGGUAAAUCCCUCGAUGAAAGUUCCUUCAAUAAUCAAAUGUUGCAGAUUAUUACAAAAAGAGAUAGUUGCAAUCCUUUGUAUCUGAGGACAGCUUGUGAUUUCCUUAGAAUUUAUGCAUCAUUUGAUAAUUUCAUGUCUAUGCUGCAGAGUAUGCCAUCAACUCUUUCAUUACUUUUUGGAGAAAUUUUACUUCAAAUGGAAAAUGAAUAUAGUUCUAUAGUUAUUCAAACGGCAUUGACUAUAUUGUGCAUUACAAAAGAAGGUUUGGAUGAUAAAGAUUUACAUUUUGUGUUAAGUUUUUUCUUGCUGGAGAACAGUAGAAAUGAGCAACUUUCAUUUCAAGAGAUGCUGGAGAAAAUGGUGGCACUUUGUACCUCUGUUAUGACAUUCAAUGACAAUAUAUUAUCACAAAUUAAAUUUUGUUCUUUGAUACAUCUAAUUUGUGUAUUUACAUAUGGACAUAACAGGUCUGAAAAUCUGAAUUUGAAUGGCAGUGAAUUUGAAAAGUCAGUGAGAAAAUUCUAUGCUAAUAAAAAUUAUGGAAAUUUUGCAAGACUUAUGCAUCGUAUAUUAGCAGCACAUUACUACAUAAUUUGUGAUCCGAAAAUUAACGGUAAGUGGAAUGGAAAUUCUGGAUCAGCUUUCCGGUGCCUGCUUUAUCAUUUGCUACAUGGACACUGUUAUCAAGAACUUUCUGAUUUAUUAUGUUGUCAAAUAUUUCUGGAAAGUGUGUUUGAAUGCCAAGCUGCUGAUAAUUUGUUAAGUUAUUUUUCAUACUUGUUGCAAGAGAGAAAACGAGAAAGUAAGGAAAGUACUACGAGUAUUGAUUAUGCAGUUUUAUCUUCUUAUCACAGCUUUGUGAUCAAGAAUUUUCACAUUUUUCGAUCGUGUCCUCAGUUGGUUGGACAACAAGCUCUAAAUGAGCCUAAAGACUCUUUAGUGCAGUUUACAGCAGAAGAUACAGUUUUCAAUACUGUUGAAUGUAUAUCAAGAUCUAGUGAAACAGAUUUGCGACUUGGGACUCUUGAUGGGUUUAUGAAGAAUGUAACUGCUGUUGCAUGUGAAAAUUCUUUACCUUAUGCUGUUUUGGGGAGUUCUGAUGGUUACUUGAGAGUUAUGGAUAUCACAUCAAGAAAGGUUGUUCGGAGGCUUAAAAGUCAUGUAUCUACAAUCACUUUCAUAUGCUUUGCUGGGAAGAAUCGAAUAUGUGUGGCAUCUGCAGAUACUACUCUGAGUAUUUGGAGUAGCAAUGAUUAUAACAGGAUUGCUGUACUAAAAGGCCAUAGACACAAUGUUACUGGUUGUUGUGCAGAUUCCUCUGGCAGUAUUUUACUUUCUUCCAGUUGGGAUAAUUCAGUAAGACUAUGGAGUUUACGAGAUGGGAAAUCACUUUCUGUUAUUAGUGAUUUCAGAUGCCCAGUGAAUUGCAUUAGUCAUCAUCCAAUCAAGCAGCAAGCUGCAUGUGGUUUAUGGAAUGGAAAUAUUGAAGUGUGGGACACAGUUUCUUUAGAAAGAAAACUUGUUCUUCUUGGGUAUGGUGGCUCUGUGAAAUCAGUUUCAUACACUUUAGAUGGUAUUAAUAUCAUUGCAUCUUACAUAAAUUCAGAACUCAUAAUAUGGUCUUCUGAACAAGGAUUAAAGAUUUCAAGUCUAAAAGGACAUGCCUUACCUGUGAAGUGUAUUACUUACUCUCCUGCUCAGGAUAUUAUCAGUGGCAGUGAUGAUUGUACUUUGAAGAUGUGGCCUUCUCGUUCUGGAUAUUCUUUUGCUACUCUUGAUGCUUGUAAAUAUGGUCCAAUUUCUCUUGUGGAAUUCAUUACAUUAAACAGCUUGGCUGUGGCUUUUCAGAAUUCUGAAAUAUGGGUCAUGGAUAUUAAUAGUGGUCAUGCUAUAUCUAAAUAUACUGGAUUAGAUGAUAGGGUAUCAUGCUUCAGUAAGCAUCAGCAGAUUAAAUUAGAAAGAGAGGAUCCUGAAGCAAAGUGGUGUGAUUCGUGUAUUGUAUUUGGAACUCAAUCUGGAAACCUUUUGAUGGGUGAUUCUUUAACAUCUUCAAGCUAUUCUGUGGGCCAUCUUAAUGCUAGAAUAACAUCCAUUAUUCAUACUAGAACCAUAAUAUUUUGUGGAUCUUCAGGUGGUGACAUUGGUGUAUUUUCAUUGCCUAAAACCAUAUAUUCUCAAGUGGUAACUGGAGCUCAUGAAGGGUCAGUGACUGCUUUAAGCAUUUUUGAAGCACAUAAUGAGCUGUGGGCUGUAUCUGCUGGAAUUGAUAAAAGAUUGAAGUUUUGGACCCUGUUUGAAGAAUUUCAGGAAGAACCUCAUGUAGUUCUGCAGAAAGAAUGCCCAUCCAAGCACAAAGAUAACAUAACCUGUUUGUGUUACCUGCCUUCUCUGGAGGCCGAUGUAUCUGACAGUGAUUUUAAAAGUGUGCUGACUGGAUCGCAUGACAAUAAUAUUAUUUUACAUCAGAAAAAUUCAGAGACCAUUUUCCAAGGACUGCAGACUAGCAUUACAAAUAUUGGAUAUAACGAUAACUAUAUUCUUGGGUGUGCAGUAGAUGGAAGUGUAGCUCUGUGGUCUCGAAAUGGAAAUUUACUAAGUUACAUUCCAGGAAUAGAUCAGUCUUCUGCCAUUUUAGCAUUUCGUAUAGAUAAAGAUGUUCGAGAAACAUUUGAUGUCAUGCUUGCAUUUGUUGAUAAAAAUGGAAGUGUUAAAGUAAAGAAACCAUUGCAGAAAUCAUAUUGGUAUUCUCUUGAAGGACAUAGCAAACCUAUCACAUCCUGUUCCACCAAUGAGAAUGGUGAAUUGCUUUCUUGUUCCUUGGAUGGCAGUGUUAGUAUGUGGAAGAUCCCAGUAAAUGAACCAACUACUAAAUUCAGCCAUACAUUUACUGUCAAUGGCUUGAUAUUCUCAACAUCAUCUAAUUUAGCUUUAAGCGCCGAUUUACAUGGAAGUGUAAUUCUAUGGAAAAUAAAAGUUUCAGAAAAAUUACCUUUGAUUUAUGCUGUGAAGAAAACAUAUGUGGAAGGCUCUAUACAAGGCUUAUCUUGGCUGAAAGAAAACCAUUUUGUGUGUGCUGUGAGCCAGAGUGUUAAUUCAGAAGAUAAAUACAUGUUAGAUGUCUUGAGUUUCAAGACACUAACUGUGGAUGAACAAAUUUUUUAUGAAAUUCGAGUAGAAAUGACGCACCAUUUCCAAGAUGAAAUAUCAUGUGUUGAUGCUUGUCCUAAUUCUAAGAUCAUCGUUGUUGGAUUGAAAUCUGGGGAAUGCACUGUUAUAUCGCCUGACUGUAAACGAAAUUUGAAAGU